CUGGCAUCACUUCGAGCCGUCCUCUCGUUUCCAAUUCCUUCCCAGGGUUUCGCUCCUUUACCAUUCCCUUGACGCCUUCUUAAACCACCGCACAGGAUGCGCUCUACUCCCAUUCUCCGCACAGCGCUAGCUGCUGCCCUCCCCUUGGUCGCAUACGCUGCCGAUGGCAAAUCAACCAGGUACUGGGAUUGCUGUAAACCAUCAUGCUCUUGGCCCGGCAAGGCGCUCGUGAACCAGCCAGUCUACGCUUGCAGUGCCAACUUCCAGCGCAUCACCGAUCCCAACGCCAAGUCUGGAUGUGAUGGUGGUUCUGCCUUCUCCUGCGCCGACCAGACACCCUGGGCGCUGAAUGACGAGUUCGCCUACGGCUUCGCAGCCACAUCUCUCGCUGGCGGGUCAGAGGCUUCCUGGUGCUGCUCUUGCUAUGAACUCACAUUCACUUCGGGGCCCGUGGCUGGCAAGAAGAUGGUGGUUCAGUCUACCAGCACGGGCGGUGACCUAGGCAGCAACCACUUUGAUCUCAACAUCCCCGGCGGUGGUGUCGGCAUCUUCGACGGUUGCUCCCCGCAGUUCGGUGGCCUCGGCGGCCAGCGCUACGGUGGUGUGUCGUCCCGCAGCGAGUGUGAUUCGUUCCCCGAGGCACUCAAGCCCGGCUGCUACUGGCGAUUCGACUGGUUCAACAACGCCGACAACCCGAACUUCACUUUCCGCCAGGUGCAGUGCCCCGCCGAGCUCGUUGCCCGCACCGGUUGCAGGCGCAACGACGACUCCAGCUUCCCCGCCAUCAAUGCCCCUUCCGGUGGCGGUAGCAAGCCAAGCACGCCAGCUUCGCCCAAGCCCAAGCCCAACUCCAGCUCGAGCCCCGUUGCCGCUCCCAGCUCUACGUCGACUCCGGGUUCAGCUCCCAAGCCCGCCACGACGUCUACCAGCGACGUCCCAUCCGUCCCGACCUCGGCCCCCGCCUCGCCUAGCAAGUCCCCCGCUCCUAUUUCGUGCGUCACCGAGAAGUAUGGUCAGUGUGGCGGUAAUGGCUUUGCCGGAUGCAAGACUUGCACCUGCGGCACAACCUGCAAGAAGCAGAACGACUGGUACUCGCAGUGCCUUUAACCCCCCGCUACUGUGGCGACUGGCAGCACAGCCUACGGAUGGAUGUGCCCACUCUCUGUAUAAAUAACCUAAAGGUCCCUUCAAUUCUU